AAACAUAUUCUUAGACCUCAAUUAUAUAUGACUAAGAUUCUGCCAAAGCCAACCACUCUCAAUAAGAAUCGAGUUUGUAUUACACACUUAUAUCCCUUUUCUAAAUUCUCUAAAAACUGACAUUUUACACAGUACAAUGUUUAAAAAACAAAUUUCCGAAUUCCAAAUAUUUUCCUAACAUUACCAUCAUUAGAUGAUUUGAACUAUCAAUCUCACACAAUAUAUCCAUGGAUUCAUCCACCCACAUGAUCUAUCGUUAGAGUUACACCAUUAUUGUUUUAGUAGCCGACUCACUCCUCAUUACUCAUCAUUUACUCAAUUCAAUCUCUCCCUCAUUAUGCCACGUAAUACUCUUCCUCCGUAUACGUUACACUGAAUCUGCCCCUUUUUAAAAACCGACUAACGGCUACAUUUCUCCUUUUUUUUUUUUCAAAUUCUCUCUCAAAUCCCUCUUCUUCUUUUUGGAUUCUUCCCACUUUCUCUCUCUUCUCUCUUUGUUUCAAUUUCCCUCCAUUUGCAGGAAAUCUUCGAUCUUCAAAGCCCAAGAAUUUACCCCCAAUUUGAUUAGGGUUUUGCAAGAUCAAGAAUGGAACUUCCUCAAGAACUCGAUGAUUUCAUCAAAAAUUCAAUCGACCAUACAAUGGGACUUUCUUUACCCAAUGAAUGCCUCAAAUUGAAGGUUCAAUCGCUUGAAACAUCAAAUCAUCUUCUUCGGAAUCAGUAUUUAAGUCUACUCUCGAAAUUGAAGCAGAAAGAACAAGCCCUUGAACUUGCUAAGGGUGAAGCGUGUAUGAAUGCCCAAGCAAUCAAGAAAUUUGUGGAGGAGAAUCAGAAAUUGGCGGCUGAAUGUGCAAAUUUAGGGAAUCAGUGUUCGAAAUUGGAGAGAGAAUGUUCGCUUUACGAUCACGAUCGUGAGGCAUUAAUGGAGUUCGGCAAUGAGGCGGAUGAGAGAGCGAAAGAGGCUGAAGUUAGGGUUAGUGAAUUGGAUGAAGAAUUGAAGCAGAUUACUGAAGAAGUUAACUACUACAAGCAUCAAUGUGAGAUGCUUUCGGUUGAUUCAUCCAAGGAUGAUGGCUCAUUGACUGAGCAAAAAUUACUUAACACACUGGUUGCUAGUUUAGUAAACAAAAAUGAAGUGGCGAAGACAGCAUCAGCAUUUCUGGAGGCUAAUACUGGGGUUGAAACAUGUCAUGCAUUGCUCAACAUGUGGAAUAGUUUGAGACCAGAAACCCUAAAUAUACUCUCAUUGGCUGCUCAUGUACGGACUCUGCAGAAGGACAAGGAACAUUUAACAAUCAAUCUACACAGAGCUGAAGAAGAGGUGAGGGUGCUAUUUGAGGAAAAUCAUGUCUUGGAUGAUGAAAACAAAAGGCUGCUGAAGUUGUAUAAAUCUGAGAAGAAACAUGCUAAUUCAGGAGGGAAACAUGAUAGCAGUGCUAAAACUAAGAACAAUAAAAGAAAAACCAGCCCUGUGAUGAGUAGUCCAGUUGACCGGAAGAUUGAUUUUAAUGAUAUUGAUAACCUUCGCUGUCCUCUUUCACCGCUUAAAGAAAACUCACCGGGCUCCAAAUCCCAUAAGAUGUGAUUGCAGUAGCAGCACCAACAACAGCAACAAAAACAACAAUUGUAGAUUGUUGAGUAGCACAUAGAAAUCUGAACAUGUAACCUAUCACCAAUGCUGUAAUUCAUAGCGCUUCUAACACCACAAUUCGAAUUGAAUUCUUGAUCUUAGCUUAUAAACAUGUUUGUAAAAACUGAUUACUAAUUAGAGAAAGCUGCUUUCUCUUUCAUCGAUUUUCUGAUGUAUGAUUCGUUCUAUCAUAUAACAGCAGAUUGUCAAAACGCUGUUAUUU